AUGGAUUCGGAUCCAACUUGUACUGAAAUUCCAUUAGAUUUGAAUGGCUUAUCAAUUGAUGAGAAUGACGAAACACAAUUUGUCAGAGUGGAAUGUGGCGCAACUUUUUUUGGUGUUAGGAUAAACUUUUAUAACGACUCUUUCGCUCUCGUGCCCUCACCAAGGGUUCUACUUCCGGUAAAAAGCAAGUUUUGGGCUGACCAGAAAAACCAAUCUUAUCAUCAACCUCCAAGCGUCCUGAUUAUCGGAAUCGACUCCAUUUCACGCUUAAAUAUGAUCCGAUCUCUUCCCAAAACGAAGGCAUUUCUUGAGUCGAACGACUUUAUCGAGAUGCGAGGACAUAUGAAAAUUGGGCUGAAUACGUUUCCAAAUAUGAUGGCUGCCUUGACGGGAAUGACGGAAACCGAAGUGGUCUCCUGCUGGCCAACAUCCACCGCAAAAUUGGUCAAUUGUCCAUUCGUAUGGACAAACUUUUCCCGAUUGAAUUAUAUUACAGCGAUGGUAGAAGAUUCGUCAGAUUUUGGGACAUUUAACUUUCUCAAGACGGGUUUCAUUGCCUCUCCGACCGAUUACUAUUUGCAUCCAUUGCUAAUCACCGAACGUCAGACAACCUCUGGUGGGUCGGACAAUUGCUUGGGCGGUGGACUCACUACGACACGACUUUUACUGAGAUACAUUAGCGCCAUUGUUGACCCAGUGGGUGGCGUAGCCCCGCUCUUUCUCCUCUCUUGGUUCACUUCUGUGGUUCACGAUGACCUUAAUGGGCUCAAGGUGACAUUUAUUAACUCAUCAAUCGAUAUAAUAUGUAUUAUACAUAUAUGUUUUUUCUGCGAAUGCCAUUUAUUACAGCUAUAUGAUUCCAAAUUUCACUCCUUCCUCGAUAACAUUAUCUCCUCACGCGUGGGUAGGGACGCCAUAAUAUUUUUCAUCUCGAACCACGGAAAUAGCUUCGGACCCUUUCGUCAAACAUUUCACGGUCAAUACGAAGAUUCCCUCCCAUUCUUCUUCCUCCGACUGCCUGUCAGUUUGAAGGCACGCUUCCCUGAAUGGCAUUCCUCGGUUGAGACAAACUCGGCUCGGCUGACGACACCCUUUGACAUUUAUGCAAGCCUGGCCCACCUUCUUAACAUGAUUGAUCCAUCGUUAGCAUCGUCUCCUCGUACUGCUCGCCGUGGUCAUUCCUUCUUUAAAAGUGACACACCGGAAAACCGGACCUGUGAGAGUGCUUCGAUUCCUGGAGAAUUCUGUGUGUGUAACAUUUUCCCAGAUUCCUCAGCGUCAUCACAUCUUGCCGAUAAGCUAGGUCACUUAGUCCCGGAGAAGAUUAACGCCCAUCUGGCUGAAAAUAGCUUACGAUGACUUUCUAAAUGGAUUUGAAUCUUCGCCCUGGGAGGCCGAGUUUGAAGGUAGAGUUCGGAUGUAGAAUUCGGCGAAUGAGAAUUCGGGGGUCGACAGUCGGGGGAGUUGUCGGAAUGUAUUCAAGAUUACGAGAUGAAAAUUAUUAUGUUUGCAAAAAUUUGUGGGCGGUGGAACAAGAAAAGAGGGAAAACAAUUCUUUCCUAGUCUGCAUGCUUAUUUGUAUUUGUGCCAUUUUAGCAGGCUGUGUUUUAUUUUUAUUGAAUAAGCUGUGUGUCAUGUAAAUUUUGCAAAUUAGAAUUGCAAUAAACAGGCUAAAGUUGAAUCUG